AGAAGAUCUCUUAUCAACAGGAUUUACCAUGAACACCAUCCAGUACCAGUCAGAGGUUUUACCGAUGCAAACCAGCAACUUCGAGCAGCGGCGUGAACCUGAAUAUAGACCUGUGAAUCACCGUGAGUUGCAGAUGGCAUCUACCCCCCCACCGCGGGAUCACAUUCUUUGGUCCUUGUUCAGCUUCAUCUACUGUAAUGCAUUUUGCUUGGGAUUCAUCGCCCUUUACUACUCGGUCAAGGCCAGAGACCGGAAGGUGCUGGGUGACCUGGAAGCCAACGGGGAGUACGGAUCUAAGGCUCGCUGCUUUAAUAUAGCUGCCCUCUGCAUCUCCUUGAUCAUCCUGUUCAUCUUCAUUGUGACUUUGGGUGUACGUCUUUCGAUAGAGACAAGCAUGUAUAGCUACCAGGAUGCUCGUUGGAAGGGGAAUACCUAUGGUCGUGGGCAUUAUUAGGCCUACUUUAAAGUAAACGAGCUAAUUAGAUAGUCCUUCUCUGCAGAUCUGCAGAAUCUUCAUAGACUCUCAUAUG